CCCCUCCGGCCUAGCACGCGCACGCCUCCCAUUCCGACGCGCCUGCGCAGGAUAGGCUUCCUUCAGAGGCUAUGAGGGUGCUGGUGCGGCGUUGCUGGGGUUCUCGGCCGGCUGGUGGCGGUCCGGACGCAAGGCAGAUCCCCCAGUGGCGAGCGCUGGCCGGGCUUGGUGCGUCCCCUGGCGGGGAAGACGGCCGGGGCGUCCGAGUCCGCGAGAAGCCGCCCUGGCGGGUGCUCUUCUUCGGUACGGACCAGUUUGCCCGAGAGGCGUUGCGGGCGCUGCACGCCGCCAGGGAAAACAAAGAGGAAGAGUUAAUUGAAAAAUUGGAGGUGGUCACAGUGCCCUCCCCAUCACCAAAAGGACUGCCAGUGAAGCAAUAUGCUGUCCAAUCUCAGCUUCCCGUGUAUGAGUGGCCAGAUGUGGGAUCUGGAGAAUAUGACGUUGGAGUGGUAGCUUCAUUUGGCCGACUUUUGAGUGAGGCUCUUAUUCUUAAAUUUCCCUAUGGCAUAUUGAAUGUCCAUCCCAGUUGCCUCCCGAGGUGGCGUGGUCCAGCGCCUAUAAUCCAUACCGUGCUUCAUGGAGACACAGUUACUGGAGUGACAAUUAUGCAAAUUAGACCUAAAAGGUUUGACGUAGGCCCAAUUCUCAAACAGGAAACGGUUCCUGUGCCACCUAAGAGCACCGCAAAGGAACUGGAGGCAGUGCUGUCAAGACUGGGUGCCAACAUGCUUAUUUCAGUUUUGAAAAAUUUGCCUGAGAGUUUGAGCAAUGGAAGGCAGCAGCCAACUGAGGGAGUGACACAUGCCCCUAAGAUUUCUGCUGGUACCAGCUGUAUAAAAUGGGAGGAGCAAACUUCAGAGCAAAUAUUCAGACUUUAUCGUGCCAUUGGAAAUAUAAUUCCGUUGCAGACACUCUGGAUGGAUAAUGCCAUUAAACUUCUGGAACUGGUAGAAGUUAAUAGUUCAAUCCUCACUGAUCCAAAAUUAACAGGACAACCAGUUAUUCCAGGAUCAGUAAUAUAUCACAAACAGUCACAAAUACUGCUGGUUUGUUGCAAGGACGGUUGGAUUGGUGUUCGAUCAGUGAUGUUCAAGAAAAUGCUAACAGCUACUGAUUUCUACAAUGGAUACCUGCACCCCUGGUACCAGAAAGAUUCCCGAGCUCGACCAAGCCAGUGCAGAUUUCAGACUCUCACACUGCCAACAAAGAAGAAGCAGGAAAACAAAAUUGUUGCUAUGCAACAGUACAUUAAGUAGUUAGGAAGUAGAUGGACAAGAAUCUACUACAUAUUUGUAAUUUAUUAAAAGCCUUCUUUACAGGGAAUUACCUUGACUUUCAAAGAAGAUGACACUGUUGGAGGGAAAGAUUAUUGUCAAAAGAUGAAUUACCUCACUUCCCAUUUUUUGUUUAACAGUAAUUAAAGACUACUUUUCUAUUUGAAUAACCAAAAAAAGCUUUAAAUAAAAUUUAAUUAAAAUAAAAUUUUUAUUUAUAAUGUGAA